UUUCAUAGAGGGCGUAAAAGGAAGCUUUGUGUGAUACAAAUGUUCUAAUUGUUCUACAGAGCUAAUCAAAAUGGAGACCCAGCAACUAAGUCUACCAGCUAUUAAUUUAUUUAAUACAUUGUUAAUACAUAUUUGGGAAAUUUUACUUCAUGACUAGACCUAAAUAUUUAAUUAUAAUAGGCCUAGGAUAUCCAGUGCAAUGUGGAAAACAUGCAUCACUGGUGCACUCACUUACUUGAAACCUCUCAGUAUUGAUGUUCACCUUGUACAGCAAACACUUGUCUUAUCUGGACAACAGGUUAGAGGCCAAUGCAUUUGCGCCAUUUUGGAUGAUGGCAUCUGAUCAGCUGAAUGGAUCACAUGAUUUUUCAAGUGUGAAAUCAAACCUGAGUGAAAGACAUUUGUAGGUUACAUUUGAAUACAUGUAAAAAUGUAUAUGGCAGAGGAAUAAACAAUGUUGACAGGUUUGUGUUGACAAUCUAAAGAUUGUUAAAUAUUAGCCUACUGUAGCCUUAUUCAUUUCCUCUUUGAUAUAGGCUAUAAAUCACAUUAAACAUUACCAUUGUGUUUACUGACUAGAAACAAUUUUCUAUGCAUAUUUACAGUAUUUGUAAAUAGGGGAACAUUGCAUUUAGCCUUCUUCAAUGAAGCUGCUUGUGAGGGAGUGGGUCGCUGUUGUUGCCGUGCCUGACUGCCUCACCUUCCCCCAUCCGCGAGACCAGUGCACAACUGUGUACAUCAUUUUAGCGUAAUGGCAAAUGAAUCUUUUGAAAAUGAGGGAGGUACCGGUUCGAGAAACUCAAGAAAUACAAAUUUCACAUCAUCUGUGGAUCUCAGCACGUCCUUAGAUUCAAGUGUUCAGACUCGAAUAUUUAAAAUAAUUGUAAUCGGGGAUUCAAAUGUAGGGAAGACCUGCUUAACCUUCCGCUUCACUGGGGGAAGCUUUCCCGAGAAGACGGAGGCGACAAUCGGUGUUGAUUUCAGAGAGAAAGCAGUGGAAAUAGAGGGCGAAAAAAUCAAGGUUCAGGUGUGGGACACUGCAGGACAGGAGCGCUUCAGGAAGAGCAUGGUAGAACACUACUACCGCAAUGUGCACGCUGUCGUUUUCGUUUACGACGUCACCAAGAUGGCCUCAUUCCAGAACCUGAAGACGUGGAUCCAGGAGUGCAACGGGCACCGUGUCUCACCCACUGUGCCUCGGGUACUGGUGGGUAACAAGUGUGACCUGGUUAGUCAUAUCCAAGUACCCUCCAACACUGCCCUCAAGUUUGCAGACGCCCACAACAUGCUGCUGUUUGAGACCUCGGCGAAGGACCCCAAGGAGAGCCAAAAUGUGGACUCCAUUUUCAUGUGCCUGGCAUGUCGGCUGAAAGCCCAGAAGUCCCUGCUGUACAGGGAUGUUGAGAGGGAGGAUGGAAGGGUUAGGCUUUCACAAGAGACAGAUGUUAACAAGAGUAACUGCCCUUGUUGAGGCUCCUCCACUCUGCAAUGAUUCCUCAUCUCCUUUUAAUACUGCUGUGACUUGAAUUGAACAAUUUAACAUAAACAACGUAAGGCGAAGAUACUGUUCUAAUGUUAACAUUUCUUGAAAGAAUGUGCCUGCAGUUAUUUCAAUUUUUCUUCUUAAAAAUUAUAAUACUGUUUUGCUGUCUGUCUGUCUGCCCCUCUCUUGUUUUACUCUCUUUCUUUGAUAUGUUAUCAUUAUCACAUUCUGUAAUAAUGGCCUUAAGACAAGAGAGGUCAUCCAGUGGUGUUUGUAAAGUAUGUUUAUUUAUUUUGUAUUUGAGUUGUACAUGUCUGCUGUCAGUAUUAUCAUGUAUGUACAUGUCUGCUGUCGGUAUUAUCAUGUCUGUACAUGUUUGCUGUCAGUAUUAUUGUUUCAUGCAAUAUACUUGUGUGUAACAUGAUUGUCACAAUCUCACAAAGGGACUUUCAUAAAGACUAUUUGGGCUUCACACUGACGUACUGUAUAUGUGCUGCAAUCGUUUUACAUUUGUUGAGUAUAUUGUUUGUGUUUUUUAACUAUAUUUGAAGACAUAUCCACUAAUAAUCCUUCACAUUGAAUUGUCAUAACCAUAAUGCAGAGGAUGGGGAGGCAACGAUGAUGGUUAGCCCAAUACCCUCCCGCCGCCCCACCAGGGGUUUCUCUGGGUUCAGGUCUGCUAUUGCUGCUUUCUGUUUUCUCUCCAUUGAUCAUCAUCAUAUUUCUGAUCGUCAUCAAAACAUGCAAUUUGUGACCGUUUCCUGUCUUUGCCUCAAAAUUAAAUAUUCAACAAAUA